AUGAGCACUGGCUUCUUUCCUGACAAUGUUAUUAAAAACCUCGAGGACCUCUUCAAAUGCGCUUUAUUGAACAAGAAGUUCUAUGAAAUCUAUCGCAAAAACGAAUUGUCGUUAAUACAAGGGACUCUGUUUUGCAUGAAUCCUCCUGCAUGGGAAUUGAGAGAGAUGACUCCGCCCUGGAAGAACGUUUUAGAUAUGAUAAAGGACCCCGAAAGACCGAGACCUAAAUACACUCCCAGUUCAUACCUGCAGUGUUAUGGUCGUGACGUAUUGGUUUUAGCACAGCUCAAAAUUCAAGUGCUACGCCGUUGCCAUUCAAUUUUGAGGCCGGAGACGAUUAGUGGCUUGGAAAAUCCCAAUGAUGACAUCCGUGCAACUGAGGUUGACCGAGCCUUUUGGCGUAUUUGGACUUUUUGUCGAAUUUUUGGGUGUGGAAAGGACCGCCACGCCGAAAUCGGUAGACAGAUUAGUUGGUUGAAAGGCGGAGCUGAAGAGAGCGAACAACAUAUGGCUCUUUUCAACAUAGAGGAACCCUUGUUUGAUCCUGGGACAGCAUUCGGAAAGGGAAAUGGCGACGGCCUUAGUCUUUCUGACUUAUUAGAUAUGAACGAAAUCUGGGUUUGUCUGCAAAAAAUGCUUAGGGAAGCACUUGAUCCAUUAUCGAAUAAGGAUAUGUUGAAGAAGAUAUUAAGUCCGAAUUUGUUGAAUGAAAUUAGUUUAGCGGAGACGGGCACACGGAAAACACAUAAUACAAGUCUAUAUAACUUUGUCGAGGAGUGGUUAUACUAUAUAAUGACAUUAGGGCCAUACGUCCUGACAUGCCUGGUUUCGACAAGAUCACCGAAUGAGGCUCUUCGGACGGUUGAAUAUUUGGGGCUAACGAAAUGGGAUCCUCCUGCACAAGAUGAUACGCGGCAGGUCUUCUUUGGACAAGCCAUGACUAGAUUCUUCGAAUAUUAUUUAUCUAAAGGGUAA